GGCUCAAUCCUGGUGGUAGGUUCCACCGGUUCCACCUUCCCCCAGUCCGUCAUCAAUGCAGAGGGCCCUCGUCCUGGGUCUCUGUGGCCUCGGCCUUCCAUGUGCGUCGGUGCUGAUUGCGCGUCCAACGGAUCUGAAAGAUGUAGGGGCCGUCCAGCCCUUUGGCAGCACGGCGGAUGGCUUCCGCAAGCCUCACGUGGAGCUGAUGAACAAGACCAGUGUGAAAGUGGAGGCGCUGGACGAAUGCAUGUGCAUUAUGGGGAGCUUCUGGAGCGCUGAGCUGCAGAAGUGUGUGCCUCAGCAGUCAAAGGGGGUGAACUGUGGAAGCUUGGCGGCUCCGUCCAUGUGGCCUGCAGUGUGCCAGGACGGGCUGACCUGUAAGAUCCCCGUGGAGUUGGAUAGCGACGGAAAGUUGCAGGAUGCGUCCAUCCUGAAGCAGGCGAUCUGCGAGGACUGCGAUCCCAACGACCAUUGCCAGUGGGGCCUCGAUCGCCACGAGGCCUACUGCCCAAAGGCCUUCGCAGUCAGUGGCCACGCCUGCGCCACAGUGCAGGUUACGGUGCCACACGCCCACGUGAGGAUGUCCGUGGAAAAGAAGGUCACUGUGAAGGCCAUUAGCACCAAGAGCGCCCAUGCCAGCGCCAAGGAGACUGCCACUGUGCGACAGGGCAACAUUGAAGCGCAGGCCACCGAAUCGGCAACUGCGAAGGCGGACGCUACAGCAGACAGUGAUCGCCUCAUGACCGUGAAGCAGACGGCCACUGGCGAAGCCACCGCCAAGUCGGAACAGUUGGAGAGCGCCUCCUCCUCAGUGACGCGCAUGGCCACGGAGGGCGCCAAGGCCACCCAGAGCGGCGUGGAGGCGGAGGUGCUGGGCGCGGCGGAAGGCGCCGCCACGCGAACGGGAGUCGCCUCGGGCAGUGCCGAAGUCUCAGCCACGGCCGAGUCCACGGGCAUUGCCUCGGCGCGGGGUGAAGCCAAGGACGUGCCGGGAAGCGCCACAGUGAGCGCCAACGCCACCCAGCGCGCCUCUGCUGGUGCCGUGGUCACAGGCGAAGCCACCGCCGAUUUGACGGUGCCCUUCACGCGCAGUGCCAUCAGGAGCAGCACCCAGACCGCUUACGGCGACGGCCUGGCGCAGGGCAUUGCCGUGGCCAGCGCCUGCGCCCCGCCGCUGCCGGUUCAGAAGACGCCGGACGCGCGCAAGGCGGCGGAGAAGGCGGCGCAGGCCCUGGAGCUGGCCUUCCGGUAUGCCGCCAACACGGCCAUGGGGCGGGCCCUGGCAAAUGCUGAGGAGAGUGCCAAGGAACAAGCUUUGGCAUCGGCAUCUGAAAAGGCCUUUGAGGCCGCCAAGGCAGCCGCCACGGAGGCUGCGAAGGCCGCGGCCACGCAGGCGGCCGCGGAGGGGGUGGAGAGCUAUGCGGAGCAGAUCGCCUCGCAACAGGCGAAGGCCAAAGCCUUGGAGGUGGCAAAGGCGGCUGCACGUGACAUUGCGGAAGCCAUGGCACAGAAGAAGGCGUCCAAAUUGGCCGAGGAAGCAGCUCAGGCAGAGGCCGAAAGGCUGGCCAAGCUUCGCGCACGUGAGGCGGCCGAGGAAAACGCUUCGAAGUUGGCUGAGGAGAAAGCCAAGGAAGCUGCCGCUUGGCGGGCGAAGCGCCAAGCAGAGGAGCUGGCGAAGGAGGAGGCCAAAGUCAAGGCUGCGGAAGCUGCUGAUCUCAAAGCCCAAGAGGUGGCUAAGCAGAAGGCGGAGGAUGCCGCGGAGGCGUUGGCCUUAAAGGAGGCGCAGCAGGAAGCCGAGCGCGCUGCCACUGCGCGGGCGCAGCAGGCGGCUGAGGAGGCGGCCGAGGAUGGUGCUGCCAUCAUGACGAAGAUGUCGAUGCCUGGUGGUGCGUUGGGAGGAGAAGCCUUGGAGCCUAUGGAAACGGAGGCGGCCAAGCCUAUGCUGCGAAAGCAGGGCUGAGCAAAGAACUUUGGAGUCGCCGCGGAGCGAA